UCCCCGGAGCAAGCGGCGGCAGCGGCUCGGGAGCAGGGAGCGGGGCAGAGAGCGGCCGGUGCAGCCCGGCCCCGUCUGCAUGCGGCGGCGGCGGCGGCGGGGCGGCCGGCGGGGAUGAACAACGGCCCGGCGGGGGGGAUCCUGAACGGCUCGGCGGGGCUGACGAACGGCUCGGCGGGGCUGACCGGCCCGGUGGGCAUGACCGGAGCGGCGGGGAGCGGCACGGCGGCGGCGGGGCUGCUGGCGGGGGCCGGGAGCGCUGCCGUGCUGGAGCUGGAGCGAGCUUUGCGCUGCUGCACCUCCGCUUCCGUGGUCACCGACGGCGACGGCAGCGGGUCGGGGACGGACGAACGGAGCUUGUACAUCAUGCGGGUGGUGCAGAUCGCCGUGAUGUGCGUCCUCGCCCUCACCGUUGUCUUCGGCAUCUUCUUCCUCGGUUGCAACCUCCUCAUCAAGUCCGAGGGGAUGAUUAACUUUCUGGUUAAGGACCGGAGGCCAUCCAAGGAGGUGGAAGCGGUGGUGGUGGGACCUUACUGACCGUCACCGACCCUGCCGCCGGCCACCGGUUACGCUUCACCGAGCCCCGGCCCCGACGGGAGAAGGAAGCCAAACCGAGCCGGCUCCACUGCACAACGGCCCCGUUCCGCCUUCCCACGGACUCCGCGCUGGUUGUUCGAU